AUGCUCGAGGCUGUAGUGAACGAGAGGGAUCUGGGAGAAUCAGAAAGGCAACCCAGCAACAACAAUAAUAACGAGGAAGAAGUCGUCAUCCCUGAUUUGCAGGACAUGAAGAAGGAAUCGCUGAUCAUCCACGACGACACAUCGUAUUUGGACUCUCCGAGAGCUUGGAUCUGUUGCUUGGGAUGUUUUCUAGUCUACUUUGCUCUUGUAGGCGUGACAUUCGCAUUCGGCGUCUUCCAACGCUACUAUUUAGCUGAAGGUCUUGCUGACAACAGUGCUCUCUCAAUGAUUGGAACUGUACAAUCGGCCAUGAUUCAAAUCGUGGGCUACUUUACGGGCAUACUCGCUGAGAGAAUAGGAUAUCGGCCUACCAUGCUUAUAGGGCUAUUUUUAUUCGUUAGCAGUCUUGUUUUGAGCUCGUUUGCUACCACUGUAUGGGAGCUAGUAUUGACAUACGGCAUCAUUGGAGGAAUCGGUGGAAGCUUCUUAGACUUGCCAUCAGUGUCGGCCGUAUCAAGCUGGUUUAAUGUGCGAUUGGGCCUAGCUCUUGGCCUGGGUACUGCUGGCUCAGGCCUAGGAGGUGUAAUUUGGUCCAUUGUGGUAGCAAAGCUGAUAUACGCAUUCGGGACGGCGUGGGCUUUUAGAAUAUUGGCUCUAACUACUGGUUUAAUUCUUUUGAUUGCAAUUGCUUGCGUCAAAGAAGCUCCCAUAGCAGCCUCUCAAAAGGGAAGCAAGCUUCCAUCCAGCAAGAUUCUCAACUGGAGAUUCGGAAUGCUGUCUGUUGCGGGAUUCAUAAUGAAUUUUGCAUUUUUAGUGCCAUACUUUUACAUUCCAGAGUUCUCAUCCACCUUGAACAUGACAGAAACCGAGGGAGCUUUCAUGCUUUCCCUGUUCAACGUGGGUUCUACGAUUGGCAGGGUAUCUGGUGGGCUGUUAGCUGAUAGCCGUCUCGGGCCUCUGAAUAGCUUCACUAUAGCCGUUUUCGGGUCAUCACUUUCCACCUUCAUUCUAUGGCCAUUAAGUAGGACUCGAGAAAUUUUCACGGCGUUUGUAUUGAUAUCUGGGUUGUGCUCUGGAGGCCUCAUAUCGUUAUUCUUCAAUGUUGGAACUAGCGUCUUUGGAGCUGACAAUAUCGCUCAGCUCAUGGGACUGUUAUUUACGCCAUGGUUUAUUGGAGAGUUUGCAUCUGCUCCAAUAUUUGGUGCCAUUAUCGAUUACACUGGACCGUCUAAUAAGUACGAGUCGUACCUGCCAGCAAUCUACUACGUUGGUACGAUAUAUGUCGUGUCACUAGUCUUUACCGUGGCUCUUCGGCUGAUUGUCAAUCACGCAGAGGGCUUGUUCCCUAUUACAGUCCUUGAUGACACCGUCAAAACUGUUGAACUCGAAAAGACUAACACACAAAUGGUGAAGGCCAAGGUCAACAAGAAGGAGACUGCUGCAAGCCGCAAAGGAAAGGACCCAGCCGUAUCUGAGGAAGACGAUGACGAUGAGGACGACGAUCACGAAGAAGAGACCAAGUCACCUCCUCGCAAACUGCGCGGUGCAUCUUCCAAAGAAAGUAAACGAGACGAAGAAUAG